GAUUAAAGAGUUAGUCCUACUUAGUUACCUCACAGAGAGCUGUCAAUCCCUGUCAAGGUUCCUAGCUGUAUGGGACCUGGUGUCUGAGCUGUCUUUGUACAGUGCAACUGGAUGGAACAGGGGAGGGCAGAGCUACCUCAUCUCUUAUUUAAAGAGUGUACCGGUGUCAGAAAAGAGAAUCGAUUUAAACCCAAGAGACACGAGGGGAAGGGGAGGGAGCUGCCGGCAGCAAGGGGCUAAGUAGGAAAGUUCCAAGCAAGACGAACUGCAGUGCUAACCUAUAUGCGAUGCAGUGCAAGUCCUCUCCAGCACUGAGCCUCUGAGCCCCGGGGCGGGACGUGGCCCUAGAGAUUUAAACAUGCUGGGAAAAGUCAGAAUGAGAUUGAGCGCAGAACAAGAUUUCCUACCCCCCACCACAGCACAGGACUGCCUGCAGCUCCAGGCAAACAGAGCGUGGAAUGAGGAUGCUGGGGACUUGUAUAUGAGAACAUCCUCACAUACAGGAGUACAGUGGACCAGUCAGCAGGAUGUGGGCACCUUUCACUGCUUGGUAGAACAUCUACUGAGAAGAAGACUUACUGUGUAUCUGCCAUCACCCAUCUGUGUCCAUGCCCUUAUGCUCCUUUUUAUGCUUUUGUGCUUGCAGAGCUGUGAAGCAGGAAAUCUAAACUUAUUUUCAGAUGGCAGCUUUGAUGCCAACACAACUUUGAGAACCAUGGCUGGGGCGGAGACGUAUGUGAUUAAACGUUCAAGAAGGAAUAUCCAAGAAUUUCCAUCUGUAUUGCCGGAUAAUUCAUUAAAUGAAGUCACAGACUUACUAGAGGAAAAUACUAGGACCUUACACAAAAAGGGGAAGACUUGGCCAUGCAAUAUUCUUCUAAAGCUAUCUAGACAUGUUUUAGUGUCUGCAUUGGGGCCCAACCUCGCUUGGAACAUCUUUCCUUUCCAUAAAUGUGACCAGGACCUAAAGCCCAGAAACAGCCUUAUUAAUCCCCUGAAGCUAUUACAUGCCAAUGUCAAACCUAUGCUACUUCACAGAGUCCUGAAGUUUCUUGGUGAAUUAGGUUUCUUAGAUGAAUCCCAACAAAGCAAAGCUUUCUCUGUGCUCAAGAAAAGAAUUCUCCAUGCAGGAAAUCCAGUGAGGACACCCGGUAUCAAACCUAUGGGCAGAUGCCCUGAUAAAAAGCCUCACCUGAUUCACUGGAACCCAGGGCAUGAUGGAAGGAGGUCAGCAGUCAUAGGUCGUGGUGUGGCCCUGAGGCUGGAAUCUUCAGCAACUUUCCACUCUUUGCUUAUUCAGGAUGGAGGAUCAUUAGUCUUUGCAGAUGACCAGAUAUCAAUUACACUGAGGACACAAUACAUCCUAAUUAGAAAUGGUGGCUCUCUUCAUAUUGGCUCAGAGCUUUGCCCCUACAAUUCCAGUGCAACCAUCUCACUCUAUGGGAAAUCCACAGAUGGUGAUGACAUAGAAGACUUUGGGAAGAAAUUCAUAGGAGUAGACAAAGGAGGGAUUUUGGAAUUGCAUGGAAGGAGACCAUUAUCAUCCUGGACCUUGUUGGAUGCCACUUUGCGUCCUGGAGGCUUGCCCUAUGGAUCCUAUAAGUGGGAAAAGCACUGGGGUAGCAGGGGCAUCAACAUUAGAAUUAUUGAUGCAGAGACCGGCCAGGUGCUGGCUAUGGAUCGUUUUGAUACUCACAUGUUUCUGGAAGAAGGGAAACGUCUGGAAGAAUUUCUGUCCAAGCAGAGUCCAGGCAAAGUUGUGGCUGUAGCAGUGGGAGAUUCUGCAGCCAAAAGUUUAACUCCAGAUACAAGGAGAUAUCUAAGAGAUGUUCUGAACAGCAGAUAUAUCUUUCACUUGGGCUACAGGCAGCCUUGGGCUUUUGUUGGAGUUCUUGGUGAAGGUCCCUUUAAGGUGUCUGAGGAUAGAAAACAUUAUGAAAGCAACGGUACGACAGGUCUAGCUACAGCCACAAGGGAAUUCCAGACAUAUGGAGGGCUGCAUUUCACCGUCACUGCUUACAGUGGCUGGAUUAAAGGAGUUCCACGGAAUGGCUUCAGGAUAGAAGUUUCCAGGGGCAUCAUCCUUACAUUAGUGGAUGACGUUAGGAGUUGGUUGCCUGGUAACAGAAUAGUCAUUGCAAGUACUGAUUACUCGAUGUACCAGGCUGAAGAAUUCAAUUUGCUUCUGUGCCCUGAAUGUAAAAGUAAUCAAGUGAAAAUUGAUGGUAGCCCCCUUUACACGCACAUUGGAGAGGUUAUAGACGGUAUUGACAUGAGAGCAGAAGUUGGGCUCCUGACAAGAAAUAUUGUCAUCAAGGGGGAAAUGGAGGACUCCUGUUACGGAAAUAACUUUUGUCAGUUUUUUAACUAUGACACCUUUGGGGGUCAAAUCAAGAUCCAGAGACAUUUUACUUCUGUUCAUCUGUCAGGAGUAGAAGUAACACAUAUGGGACAGCAGCUGUUGGGCAGUUACCCAGUGCAUUUCCAUAUGACAGGAACUGUGGAUGAAGAUGGAGGAUAUAGUCCCCCAACAUACGUUGACAAUCUAGCAAUCCACCACUGCUUCUCCCGAUGUGUUGCUAUUCAUGGGACUCAUGGACUUCUGGUGAAAGACACUAUUGGUUAUGACACCCUGGGUCACUGCUUUUUUCUUGAGGAUGGUGCAGAACAAAGAAAUACAUUUUAUCACAAUCUGGGGCUUUUAACAAAAGCUGGGACCAUCCUUCCCACAGAUCGCAGUGAAGCUAUGUGUCUGGCGAUGAAGGAAAAUGUAUAUGGGGAUUAUAUCCCAAUUCCCAGCACUGACUGCAUGGCCGUAACCACAUUUUGGAUUGCAAAUCCUAAUAACAACUUGAUUGGAAAUGCUGCAGCAGGAUCUCAGGAUGUUGGCAUUUGGUUCAUAUUCCAUAAAGUGCCCUCAGGUCUGUCUGAAGGGCAAUAUGCAGAGGGUGAGUCUGAGUUUACGCCCCUGGGAAUAUUUUACAACAACAGAGUGCAUUCUAACUUUAAGGCUGGUUUAUUCAUUGGGAAAGGAAUUAAAACAACAGUAGCAAACGCAGAGAAUCCAAGAGAGUAUCUAACAGUGGAUAAUGCCAGGUUCCGGCCUCAUCAAGACUCUGAUCCUGCCAAGCCUCGAGUUCCUGCUAUCAUAGAUGGCCUCAUCGCUUUCAAAAACAAUGACCAUGGAGCAUGGGCGAGAGGAGGAGACAUCUUUUUCCGUAACUCAGGGUUUUCAGACAAUGGGAUUAGCCUUACGUUAGCAAGCGAUGGGACCUUCCCAACUGAUGAGGGCUCCAGUCUGGAGAUCACAGAUUCCAUCUUUGUUGGUGAGAGUGACAAUGUGGGCUCACAGAAAGGACAGAACAGUUACUGGGGAAGAGGAGGCUCGGGGGAGCAGAGAUCUUUACCAAGAAACAAAACAUUCCCAAUCCGAGGGUUUCAGAUUUAUGAUGGACCCGUCAGGUUGCUGAAAUGCACUUUCAAGAAAUUCCUCCCAACUGUGGACAGACCCUCCAGUGCUAUUGCCUUUUCCUUAAAGAAUUCCUGGCAGAUCACUCCUCAGAACAACGUGUCCCAGAUCAAAAUGGAGAGGAACGUUGGUCUCAAGGUGUUCUUUGGACGAUCUGGACAGUGGUUUGGAUCAAAUGAUUAUGACGGUGACAAAGUCUCAGUUUUCCAUGACUUAGAUGGCUCAGUGACUGGAUACAGAGACACUUUUGUAGGACGUGCAGAUAAUUAUAUUUUGCGUCACCCGGGCUGCCUUACAGUGCCAAGAUGGAAUGGUGUAAUUUGCGCAGGAAAAUAUGCACAGCUUUAUAUCCAGGCCCGGAGACCUGAAAACCUGACUAUGUUGAUUGCCAGAGCAGCCUAUCCCUCUAAUCCAUUGAGGCUUACUGGUGUGAAUAGAGGAGCACCAUAUCAACAGUACCAGCCCGUGGUGAUGUUACAGCAAGCCUAUACCAUCCGGUGGGAGGGCCAGACGCCCAAAGAAGUAAUCUUAUAUCCCAUUAACUUCAACAGGGGAGAUUGGUUACAGAUUGCUUUAUGUUAUCCGCAAAGUGCAAUAUUCCAGGUCACAGCAGAUAUUUAUGAGCGAAACACUGGAAGAGUUCACAGCGUACGGCACUAUUCCUCAGCGCACUCCAUAUACCAGUCCCUUCAUCAGUCAGAAGCCAGACUGUUCCACUUCAGUCGGGAGUCAGGAUACCUCUUCCUACAUCUGCAAGCUCAUACACCACGAAUUGGGCACAGCUACUGUUCCCAGCAUGGCUGUGAGCGAAUCAAAAUCACUGCUCACUACCACCCAGAGGAGUUCAAGGAAUGCAUGGCUAACCCGUUUCCUGAGAUGGCUAGUAAUAUACAAACUCCAUCACUCUAUCUGUCUCAACGAACUGCACUGCCUUGUAGUCAGUGUGGAGCUCCGCAGGUGGCAAUAACCAGCAACCCUACAAUCAAAUACACCAGAAUACAAGUGCAAUCUCUACGAAGGGCUGAUGCUUUAAAUGGAUUGCAAUCUGCCUUCAUCAAGGUUGAUGAUGAAAUUUUCCUGUUCAAAGGAAGAGGCCUGUUCUUCCUGGUGAUGGAUGUCUGCUCUGGGGCAGUUGUAGGCAAGAGGCACUUUGAAAUGAUUAGUGAUAAAAGGGUAACAAAGGCAAUAACCAGUUACAUUCAAGCUUCUUUGAAACAAAGGUCUGCAGUUCUUAUCUGCUCUCGAGAUAUCACAGAGACUCCUCCAAGUUCUGAAAUGUUGAUUUUCACAAAAAUCGGACUAGCUAAACCCCUUACACUAGUUGGAAAAGGAAGCUUUGCUAUGGUAGGAUACAAAGGACUAUCCACCCCUUCCUGGAUUAAAAUCAUUAAUAACAGUCCAGAGAAAAGAGCUGCAUCCCUUCAGUUAUACCUGCCGCUGAUGUUGACUGAAUACAAAUGCCCAACAACAAAACCUUAACAUUUAAAGUUCUCCUUGUGAUGCAGCUAGCCCAUGUGACCAACGCAGGGUGUAAGAGAGGCUUCCCACAUUUAUAAAAUCAGAGACCUACAUCUUGGGCACAGAUCAGUUUAACAAUGCCACUUGCUGCUUGCAAAUCCAUGGAAGCACGAAGAAUAGACAUAAUUAUCUCUCUUUAUUUUUUUCUUCUUUUUUUUUUUUUACUCAGAUUUGUAUGUUUUGCACUUAAUAAAUGGUUUAUCAUUUUAUGUCUAAUAUAUUUGAUAUGGGAAUAACCACUACAUUGUUUAGUGCCACGUCUGUAAUACCUGCACCUGUUCCUUUAUGGUUAAGAAGAACUGGACACAGAUUCUUUUAAAGACUAGGAUUGUGUUAUUAUUACGAAAUAAAAAGUGUAUAAGUAUUCAUAUGAAUGGGGACACCUUAUGUGCUAUGUUAUGGUGAAAAUGUAAGCUUAAAUGGCUUGUUGUUGCUUAUGCCUUAGCCACAGAAAUCAUUUUUAGUAACAUCUACUACAUAAGUUACAGUUGUUAUGUUUGCAUUGGAUGUAUAUUGUCAACAUGUAGCUUAUCUAUAUUAACCUUUUGUGACAAAUGCAGGUAAGUUUUUGUCUGUUAUCAGUCAGUCUACACACUGCCAACUUUAACUGUAAUUGACCUAAAAAUGACACAGCCAUCAAGUACUGGUAUCAAGAGUUAAUAAAGAUGCCUAUUGUGUAUAUAAGAA